AGGUCAGGUGAUGGAGGUCAGGUGUGUGUCCAGGUGAGCUCCUCUAACUGCGCAUUAAACUCGUCACCUUGUGUUCACCUUGAUGAGGUCAUUCAGUAACAGAGGUUUUAUCAUACCGACGGUGUGAUGACGUAAUGCCCCGGUGUAUCGGUGAUGUUUGUUAGCGCGCUGCUGUCAGGAGUCAUCCGAGGACACGGUGACCCGCGAACAGCAGCUUGGAUCUUUCGUCCACAUUGACCCACCUGAAUCCUCCACGAGACCCGGAGACUGAGGCACGCGACAGAAAGCACCUGUGCUCAGCUUCCCGCGCGGUGACAGGAAGUGACAGACUUUGUGAAGGUGAAAGAAACGUCUUCUUACCUGCAGCCUGGAGACAGUCAGACACAGAGUGUUCAGCACGAGAGGAACUACAGAGAUCCAUCCGCAGGGUAAAGUAGACCCCGCUGUGAGCAGGCGUGUUUGUGUGAGGACUGAAGGGACACAUGAGCUGUGAGGUGUCCUGGGCUCUUUCCAGGACAGACUGUGGAGGGACACCUGAGCAGGAGGACGGAUCACUAACCCGAGAGAUCAGGAGGAGAAUCAAGCAGCAGCAGUAGAAGAUGGAGAAAGUAGUCCCUGCCGUCACGGGCGUGUGGGCGAGUCACAGUGUAUAAAUACGCCGGGUUGUCAAACAGCAAAGUUUCCCCGGACCCUCCAUGCAAAGUGUCAGCAGAGCACAAACUGUCCAACAUCCAGACCUGAGAGGACAGAGUCCGCUGCUCAGAGACCCCCCAGGAUCCACGACCAGGUUCCUGAAGGUCACCCACGAAACACCGCGGCGAUAAAUCCGCGUCCGCACGAGCCUGAAGGGAAUAAACACGCAGGAGCUCGAGCUCUGCAUUCACACAGAGAGGUUGGACCUGAGACCCCACAGAGACCAGCAGACGUCCUGCACCUCAUCCUCCACGAUGUUGACUCUACAGGACUCUCACAGUUUACAGUAGACCAGAGGACGGACUCCCUGCGACAGCUCCCAGCAUCCUCUCUGCUCUCGCCGCGGCGCCCGCCCGCGUCAGUCAUGCAUCUGGAAGUGAAGGUCGCCCUGAACUUCAUCGUGUCCUACCUGUACAACAAGCUGCCUCGCCGCCGAGCCGACCUGUUCGGCGAGGAGCUGGAGAGGAUACUGAUGUCACGUUUUGAGGGUCACUGGUACCCUGAAGCCCCGCUAAGAGGCUCCGCCUUCCGCUGCAUCCACCUGGGAGCGCCACGGGACCCGGUGGUGGAGCUGGCCGCCAAGAGGAGCGGCCUGGACACGGAGGAGGUGCGUGCAAACGUUCCUGCAGAGCUCAGCGUGUGGAUCGACCCCUACGAGGUGUCCUACCAGAUCGGGGAGAAGGGGGCGGUGAAGGUCCUGUACCUGGAGGAUCCUCCGGGUCUCGGCUGUGACCCGGAGCGGGCGGAGGGCGAGGGGAAGGGAGACGUGGAGGCGGAGGAAGCCAAGAGUCUGGGCUUCAACCCGGACGCUCAGGUGUUCGUUCCCGUGGGGAGCCAGGUGUCGCCCUCCCUCCUGCCGUCGCUCUCCAGUUCCCCCACGCCGCUGUCGGCCCCGCCGUGCCCCGCCCUCUUCAGCUACCCCAGCUCCAGCACGCCCACUGACCCCGCCGUCCACUCCUCCAACACCUCCACCCCUUCCCCACCCAGCGGUGGCGUGCCCUACCUCGCCACCCAGCAGCCAGCCUCCGCCAUCCCCGCCGCCCGCCCUCAGCCCAUCACCUUCACCACCGCCAGCUUCGCCGCCACCAAGUUCGGCUCCACCAAGAUGAAGAAGUGCAGCGGGGCUGGGUCCUCGGCCGGCGCCGCCGUGGUCAUCCCGCCCGCUCAGAGGAUGCUGACCCGCUCUCCCACGACCAUCUCCGCCCCCGAGCUGCUGAAGCACAAGCCGCUGUCUCUGUCGCUGCACUCGCUCGUGGCGCCCAUCGCCAGCCAGCUCUCGCCCAACGCCAAAGAGUUUGUGUUCCCGGGUUCCCCGGGCCCCCUCUACUUUGAUGCCGACAGCCAGCCCAUGCAGCCCCACGCCAGCCCGUUCCAACCCCCCCACGCCGUCAGCGCCCACCCGUCCUUUGACCCCUUCUCCAGCCCGCCGCCCGCUCAGAGCGUGGGCAUCAUCGGCAGCGGCGGAGGAAUCCCGUUCAUGGAGAAGCCGCCAUUUGUCGAGGGUUUAGGAAGCUACAACCUGCAAUACCCGAACCAGUCCUUCCAGCCCGUGGUGCUGGCUAACUGAGCCUCCGGGUGACGGAGGAGACGGCGUGAAGGGCGGAGCUGCUCGCCAUGUUUUCAGUUUCUAACAGUUAGUUUCACGACGAGGACUCAAAGUGGUCCCUGUGUUUGUUUUGAUCCUGAUCCUGAGUCCAGCCUCCUGUUGGUCUUACUCAUCUCUGUGUGGGCGUGGAUGGAGGGUGGGCGUGGAUGGAGGGUGGGCGUGGAUGGAGGGAGGGCAUGGAUGGAGG